AUGGAGUCGUUCAAGAAUAGGGUUACUGAUUUUGAGAAGAGACUGUCGGUACAGGAAGAAAAGAUUUCUUCUGCCUUGUGUCAGGAUUUCUCAUCAGAGAGUGUUGCACAACUGCAAAAGUUGGUCGAUAAUUUGAACUCUGAUUUAUCAUCUUAUGAAGCUACAGGUGCAACUUACAUUAAUUUUCUUACUGCAACCAAAACAGAAGAAAGUGAUCAUUUAAAAGGGUUGUUUCAAUCGCACCUUUCAAAGAUUCAGAGUGAUGUUGCUCAGUUUCGCGACAGAAUAGAAAAACGACGUCAAGGGAUUUUGGAAGACGUUAUAGAAGGUGUAUUUUCUAAAUCAAAGCAUUCAUCUAAAUGUGGUUCAUCUGAAAUGAAAAAGAAACUCAGUAAAAUGAAAGCUGCUCAAAGAAGUGUAGAAUUUGCACAAAAGGAGGUAGAACUCAUAAAAGAAAAGGCCAGGUUGGAACAGAAAAACAAGGAAAUUGAAGCUGAUUUAUUAAUUCUCCAAAAAGAAAAGGCUGCGGAAGAGUUGAAAACUGAAGUUGAGAUUUUAGAAAACGAAGGAAGUGCUGAUGAUAUUAGUGAAAAGAAAGAUUCGGUAAAACUUAAACUUCCGGAAAUGGACAAAGAUGAGAAAAUCAAGAAAUUCUUUGAUAGUAAUACCUGCCCAGUGCAAAGUUCCACAGUCGAAGAUUUUACAAAUUAUAUUCUGAAGAAAGAACUUAUAUUCUCGAGAAUUACGAAUUUCAAUGAUAACCCAGCAAACUAUCAAGUGUGGAAAACCAGUUUCCAACAAGUGACCUCAGAUAUGAAUAUCAAUGCUUCAGAAGAGGUUGAUCUGCUCAUCAAGUAUCUUGGACCAGAUUCUCGAAAGCAUGCAAUAAAUCUGAAAACAGUGUAUAGUAAGGAUCAGUGUUUGGGUCUUUCAAAGAUUUGGGAGCGUCUCGACGAACGAUAUGGUGCACCAGAAAUAGUACACAAGUUGAUACAGAAACGCGUUGAACAAUUCUCGCGAUUGACUCUCUCGGACACGACAAAGUGGUAUGAGCUUGAUGAUCUUUUGUCAGAAAUUUUAGCACUUAAAGAAGAUAGUGCAUACGCUGUCCCUCUCGCUUAUUAUGACUCGUCGGUUGGGCUUUCUUCAAUUACUUGCAAGCUGCCGGGAUCAGUCCAGGAAAAAUGGGCUACAAGAGCGAAUCGUUAUAAGCGGGAGAAGAAUGUGUAUUUCCCGCCACUGAAAGAAUUUGUUAACUUUAUUCAUGAACAGGCAAAGAUAAGGAAUGACCCGAGUGUAACUACUGUUGCUGAACGUCUGAAAUUUAACACUGCAUCCUCAAAGCAAGUUCCUGUUGUGACCAGCAGAAAAACUGAAGUUUCUAACCAUAUCCAGAUUAGGAAAUCUACUAGAUUCUGCCCGCUUCACCAGUUAUCCCACAGUUUAAAUAAGUGUAGGGCAUUUAGAUUGAAAAGUUUAAGUGAAAGAAAGCAGUUUCUGAAAGAUAAUAAUAUUUGUUUCAAAUGCUGUGAAUUCAAUAAUCACAAAGCAAAUGAAUGUAAAGUGUCAAUAAAGUGUUGUGUUUGUGGCAAUGUCAACCAUCCAGGUGCAUUGCAUGUAGAUCCAUCACCUCAACCUUCUGUAAAUCCUUAUGGCGGGGAGGGCGAAAACAGAGAUGGAGCGAACCAGAGAGCUGAUUACCCAAGAGAUUCUGUGUCAAACAGUUGUACUCAGAUAUGUGGUGCUUCACAAAUUUCAAAAUCAUGUGCUAAACUUGUUUUAGUAAAUGUUGUUAAUUCAAAAUAUCCUGAAAAUAUUGUACAAUGUUAUGCCAUGUUAGAUGAACAAAGUAAUAAGUCAUUGGCGAGAUCCAGAUUGUUUGUUUUCUUACAAAUUGAUUGUCCAGAUUUUGAGUACACUAUAAAUUCAUGUGUCGGCACUCAUGUUGCACAUGGGCGCCGUGCUAGUGAUUGCAUUGUUUCGUCUGUCAAUGGUAGCGUGAGUUAUUCAUUACCAACCCUCAUAGAAUGUCCUGACAUUCCUAAUAACAGGAAUGAGAUUUGCUCCCCUCGAGACGUAAGUUGUCAUCCCCGUCUUUCACACAUUGCUGGUCUUAUACCUGAGAUCAAUGAUCAGGCAGAGAUCUUGCUUCUUAUCGGUAGAGAUCUUGUUGAGGCUCAUCACAUUAGAGACCAAAUUUUGGGACCCCCAGGUGCUCCCUUUGCGCAACAUGUAGGUCUUGGGUGGGUCGUCAUAGGAGAGAUGUGUCUAGGUAAGACACACACUCCAGAUGUGGUCAAUGUUAGCAAGAUUCAUGUGUUAAACAAUGGUCGCCCCACAUUGUUCGAACCCUGCACCAGUCAGUUUUAUGUGGAAGACAAGGUCAAUGGUAUGUAUGACCCCUUAUUUGUGAGACAUAUUGAUGAUGAUAAACCUUCUCUUUCAAUUGAAGAUAGAGAGUUCCUUGAUAUCAUGGAUCACGGUUUCAGAAAGACCAAUGAAGGUAAAUGGACUGCUCCCCUUCCAUUUAAAUCGCCUAGGCAACGCUUGCCUAACAAUAGGUCAGAGGCCCUGCGGCGUGCAAAGUCUCUCCAUGUUAGUUUACAGAGAAACCCUGAAAAGAAAAGUCACAUGGUCGGGUUUAUGACUAAAAUAUUGGUUAAUGGUCAUGCUGAAGUUGCCCCAGUUUUAGGUGAAGAUGAAGAGUGUUGGUUCCUGCCUAUCUUUGGGGUAUAUAACCCGAAGAAACCCGGUCACGUUAGAGCUGUGUUUGACUCAUCGUCAACAUUUAAGGGAGUGUCUUUGAAUUCGGUAUUAUUAACUGGUCCCGAUCUUACAAAUAGUCUUCUGGGUGUUCUCAUGAGAUUUCGCAGAGAAUCUGUAGCAAUCUCUGCAGACAUAGAACAAAUGUUUUACUGCUUUGAGGUUGAUGAAGUACAUAGGAACUUUUUAAGGUUCUUCUGGUAUGAAGAUAAUGAUGUAGAAAAACCUUUGAUCGAGUAUCGCAUGGCAAGACAUGUAUUUGGCAACAGCCCGUCUCCUGCCAUUGCGACAUACGGGCUUCGUAGAUCUGUUGAAGAAUGUGAUGAAGACAUUAAGGUUUUUGUACACAAUGAUUUCUAUGUAGAUGAUGGUUUGACUUCUUUUCCAUGUGCUCAAGAAGCUGUGGAUUUAUUGAAGCGCACUCAAGUAGCUCUAGGUCAAAGUUCUUUGCGUCUUCACAAGAUCGCGUCCAAUGAUAAGAACGUUAUGAGGUCAUUUCCCACAGAUGGCCUUGCCAAAGACUUGAAAAGUCUAGACUUUGGAGAAAGGUUACCGACACAGUGUAGUCUUGGCCUUGGAUGGGAUCUGAAUGCAGAUUGUUUUGUUUUUAAUGUCAUACUACCUGCCCAAGUCAUCUCUCGGAGAAAAAUUUUAUCCACGGUCAACUCUGUGUUUGAUCCUCUAGGUUUUCUUGCCCCUUUUACUAUAGUUCCCAGGAGCUACCUUGAUGUGUCUCUGAGUGAUACAUCUAGUGUAGAGUUACAUGUUUUCUGUGACGCAUCAGAAAUUGCUGUCUCAGCAGUAGCAUAUCUUGUGUGUCAAACAAGUAAUCACGAGGUUCGUGUAGGUUUUGUUUUAGGGAAGUCCAAGGUAGCACCCAAAAAAGGGCACACAAUCCCUCGCCUUGAACUCUGUGGUGCAGUGCUGGCAGUUGAAAUUGCUCAAACUGCUGUUGAUCAGUUGCAGGUGAAGUUACAUGAUAUCAGAUUUUACACAGAUAGUAAUAUCGUGUUGGGUUACAUUAAUAACCAUACUAGGCGUUUCUACACAUAUGUGGCCAAUCGUGUUGAGAAGGUUAGGCGUUUUAGUCUACCUAAACAGUGGAAUUAUAUUCCUUCUGCCUUGAACCCUGCUGAUGUAGGAAGUAGAGGUGUUAGUCCUUCAGAGUUACAAAGUAGCACUUGGUUGUCUGGUCCGGACUACUUAUCAAACAGGUCAGCCCCAAUACCAGAGUUUUUUCCUAUUAUUGAUCCUGAUCAGGACAAAGUGAUCCGUCCCCAAGUUAAUGUUAGCGCGACAAGUGUUCAAGAUUAUGAUCAGCUGGGUAGUCACAGAUCUGACAAGUUUUCUUCUUGGUCAAAACUUGUAACGGCUAUUUCCAUCCUCAGACAUUUGGCAAUUUCUCAUGGUAAGCAUAAACCAUGCGCUGGCUACCAUACUUGUUCACAAGCUAGGAGUCCUGAUUUUCAGAAGUUGUCUGAAUCUCUCAUCUUGAGGGUUGUUCAAACUGAAUUCUACAAGGAAGAGGUCAGUUGUUUGAAAGGUCAACAUAAUAUUCCUAAAAACUCGCCCAUUUUGACCCUUGAUCCGUAUUUAGAUGAAAAUGGUGUCAUGCGUGUUGGUGGUCGAUUAAGUAAGAGUAACCUUGACCUUGAUCAGAAACAUCCGGUUAUAGUUCCUGGGAAACAUUAUGUUGCCAGACUUUUGGUUGGUCACUUUCACACUCUUGUUAAGCAUCAAGGACGGCAGCUUACAGAAGGAGCGGUCCGAGAUGCAGGAUAUUGGAUUACAGGUGGAAAACGGUUAGUCAACUCCCUGAUAUAUCAUUGUGUAACAUGUAAAAAGCUCAGAGGCAAAUGCUUAAGUCAGAAAAUGUCGGAACUUCCCGUGGAUAGGGUUCAACAAUCUGCACCUUUUACUUACGUAGAUGUUGACGUAUUUGGCCCUUGGUCAGUUGUAACCAGACGCACUCGUGGCGGCCAAGCAAGUUCUAAAAGAUGGGCAGUAUUGUUCACGUGCCUCACUAUCAGGGCCGUGCAUAUUGAGGUCAUUGAUGAAAUGUCUUCUUCAGCUUUCAUUAACGCUCUGCGUAGGUUUGUUUCUCUGAGAGGAACAGUGAAACAGUUUCGAUCUGACCGUGGCACUAAUUUUGUAGGUGCCACAGACCUUCUUGGUAUUGAUACUAUAUUUGUAGAAGAUCGUCCAGUUAAGAAUUUCUUACAGUCACAUGGUUGUGAGUGGGUUUUCAAUCCUCCACAUUCCUCACACAUGGGUGGUUCUUGGGAGAGAAUGAUUGGCAUAGCUCGGAGAGUUUUGGAAUCUAUGCUAAAGCCUGUUACAACACUUACACAUGAUGUAUUAGUCACACUGAUGGCUGAGGUCACUGCCAUAAUAAAUUCCCGACCCAUUGUCCCAGUUUCAAAUGACCCGGAUAAUCCUGAAGUUUUAAGUCCAUCCAUGUUACUUACAUCUAAGUCUGUAUGUGACAACACAAAUGUGAGCAAUUUAGAUGUUAAGUCUUUAUAUGGUGCACAAUGGAAACGGGUACAAUACCUUGCAGAGCUAUUCUGGAGUAAAUGGAAAAGAGAGUUUUUAAAUACUCUGCAAACUCGUAGAAAAUGGAACUAUGAACAAGAACCAUUAAGCGUGGGUGAUGUUGUUCUACUUAAAGACAAAGAAGUGUGUAGGAAUUUUUGGCCUUUGGCCAGGGGUAACAAGAGUGUUUCUCAGUAA